CUUUCCCAUUAUAUAUUUUCAAAUAAUUCAGUCAAAAAAAUCAUAUCCAUCCUUUCUUCUUCCCCACCGCCUCCAAUGGAUAUCUCUGUCCUUACACCAACUCCCUUUAUUUUCCUUUCUUUAAUCUCUCUUUCCCUUUACCUUCUCUUCUUCAUUUCACCAUACAGAAAAUCCAAACCCCACCAAGGUUUCAAACAGUUCCCCCUCGUCGGAACCUUGCCGCUCUUCUUACUGAACCGCCACCGUUUUCUUGACUGGUCUACAGAGGUUCUGAAAAACUGCCGGACGAACACGGCGGUGUUCAAGCGGCCAGGGAAAGUCCACGGCGUAAUAACGGCGAACCCACUUGUGGUUGAGCAUAUAUUGAAGACCCAAUUUGAGAAUUACCCAAAAGGGGAACGAUUCAUUUCGCUUUUGGAGGAUUUCUUGGGCAGAGGAAUUUUCAACUCCGACGGUGAAAUUUGGAAAGUACAGAGGAAAACGGCGAGUUAUGAAUUCAAUACGAAAUCGUUGAGGAAUUUUGUUAUGGAGAAUGUUAGAGUUGAGAUUCAGAGUAGGUUGUUGCCUACUUUUGGAAAAGCGUCUGAAACGGAACGGAUUUUGGAUCUACAGGACGUUUUGGAACGGUUUGCGUUUGAUAAUGUUUGUAAAUUGGCUUUUAAUUAUGACCCUGCUUGUCUCGGCGGCGAUGGUACUGCCGCCACCGAGUUCAUGCGUGCUUUUGAGGACGCCGCCACUCUCAGCUCCGGCAGAUUCAUGUAUGCUUUUCCAGGUUUGUACAAAGUGAAGAAAUUUUUUAACAUAGGAUCAGAAAGAACCCUAAAGGAAUCAAUAGCCAUAGUUCACAAAUUUGCAGAUGAUAUCAUCUCCUCGAGAAUAGAAGAAAAGAAGACAACUCAAAUAGAAAAAGAUCAAGAUUUAUUAUUUCGAUUCAUGGGCGACGAAAACAAUUCUCCCGAAUUCCUUCGAGACAUAAUCAUAAGUUUCAUUCUUGCCGGGCGAGACACCACAUCUACAGCUCUAACAUGGUUCUUUUGGAUCUUAUCAUCAAGACCCGAUAUCGAACAAAAAAUCCUUGCAGAGCUCGAAACAAUCCGAUCAAGAACACAUAAAGAAAUCGGAGAAAUGUAUAGCUUCGACGAACUCCGAGAUAUGCACUAUCUACAAGCAACAUUAUCUGAGACUCUCCGCCUAUAUCCACCGGUACCAGUCGAUACAAAAGCUUGUCGGAACAACGACAUCUUACCCGAUGGGACGUUUAUCGAGAAGAGUUGGUUCGUGACGUACCAUACAUAUGCAAUGGGGAGAAUGGAGAGCAUAUGGGGGAAGGAUUAUGGAGAAUUUUUGCCGGAGAGGUGGUUGGAGAAUGGGGUUUGUAAGACAGAGAGUCCAUUUCGGUUUCCGAUAUUUCACGCGGGACCAAGGAUGUGUCUAGGGAAGGACAUGGCUUAUAUUCAGAUGAAGUCCAUAGCUGCAGCUGUGAUUGAAAAGUUUAAAGUGGAAAUGGUGGAGAAGAAGAAGACUCCAAAGCAUUUGUUGUCUUUGACAUUGAGAAUGGAGAAUGGGUUACAAGUGAUGGUUAAAAAGAGAGAUAAUGUGUCCAUUUGAGGUCAAGAGUUCAUGGAAGUGGCUUGAGGCCCAAUUCAUCAUGACAAGAUAUUGCUUGCUUAGCCUUUGAAUAAGAACUCUUUUUUUUUUUUUUUUCCAUUCUCAGCACUAUCACAUGCCUAUAAAGAAUAUAAGUAAAUUUCUAUGAAGUUUUAGUUUUAAUUUAA